ACUCAGACACCUAAACCGAUAUACACAAAACAAAAACCCUAAUUCGAUCCAACUUGAACGUAAAAGCUUUUAGGGUUUUUGAGGGGUUUCUUUUAUCGCUCAAUCAUCGUGUUUCUUCCACCUGCAAAUACAAUCACAGUUCAAAAUGGAGAUACAACAUGAUGUUUCGGAUGAGCUUGAAAUCAAAGUAAAGAAGUACCAGAGAGGUGAAGCUGCUGAUUUGGAGUCUUUGAAAGAUAAAAAGUUGAAGGGUCAGCUUGCUAAUAAAGAAGAGUUGUUCAAGAGGUCUGCAAAUGCUGCUGCUAAGGCUGAGAAGUGGCUUAUGCAAACUGAGGAAGGGCGGCUAGAACCCGAAGGUCUUGAGAAAACAUGGAGGUUUAACCAACAAUCAAUUGCUAAUGAAGUUGACGUUGCCAGUAGAAAGAAUCAGUUUGAUCUUGUUCUACCAGAUCUCGGUCCGUACACACUAGAUUACACCUCUAGCGGUCGAUACAUGUUGUCCGCAGGACGCAAAGGCCACCUGUCAAUUAUAGACUUGCAUAGCUUGAAACCUAUUAAAGACAUGCAGGUUAGGGAAACCGUUCGUGAUGCGGUGUUUUUGCACAACGAAUUGUUCUUUGCUGCCGCACAGAAGAAGUACACUUAUAUUUAUAACCGAGCAGGCACAGAACUUCAUUGUCUUAAGGAACAUGGUGCCGUAUUAAAGCUUCAAUUUCUCAAAAACCACUUUCUCUUAUCAUCCAUUAACAAAUCAGGUCAUCUACAUUAUCAAGAUAUCACCACCGGCCAAAUGAUCGGAAAUUACCGUAGCCGCCUUGGCCGUUCGGAUGUCUUACAACACAACCCUUACAACAGUGUUCUCGCAUCAGGCCACUCUGGCGGUACCGUAAGGAUGUGGAAACCCACUAGUCAAGCGCCGCUUGUCGAGAUGCUUUGCCACCGUGGUCCCGUCACCGCCAUCGCUUUUCAUCCAAACGGUCAUCUCAUGGCGACAGCUGGCAUGGACAAGAAACUGAAAAUUUGGGACUUAAGGACAUACAAACCUGUUCAAACGCUACCUGGUCUUGCGAAGUCUAUUGACUUUAGUCAAAAGGGUAUGCUCGCCACCUCAACGGGAUCAUUCGUUCAAGUUUUGGCGACUUCGGAUUCACAGGAUUACGGUCGGUAUAUGAUUCACACUAUGGCAAAAGGUUACCAGAUUAAUAAAGUUUUGUUUAGGCCGUAUGAAGAUGUUUUGGGCAUAGGGCAUUCAAGCGGGCUGUCUUCGAUUCUUAUUCCCGGAUCCGGUGAACCCAAUUUUGAUUCAUGGGUUGCGAACCCGUACGAGACGGUUAAACAGAGGAGAGAGAAGGAAGUGCGGGUCCUACUUGAUAAGCUUCCACCGGAGUCCAUCAUGCUGGACCCCACACAAAUUGGAAACUUGAGGAAUAGUAGGAAGAAAGAAAAGCCGACGAAAGAAGAAACAGAGGCGGAGAAGGAGGCUGCGGUUGCUGCCGCCAAGAAUGUUUCUAUAAAGAAGAAAACGAAGGGGAGGAGUAAGCCGAGUAAGGUGGCCAGGAAGAAACAAGAAGGAAUAGAACAAGCGAAAAGGUCGUUUGUCGAGCAAAAUGAGGAUGGGGUGAUGAAGAAGAAGCAAAAGAGAGUGACGGAUACCAGUGAUCUGCCUAUCGCCUUGCAGCCGUUUGUUAGCCGAAAAGCGACCUGAAAUUUGCCUCAAGUCUUCUUGUUAUACCAUAUUUCAAUUACAUAUUUCAAGAUCCAAUUUUGCAUAAUUUUGUUAGUUAAAUGGUUAUUCAUGAUUAUUAAUAUGUUUUUUUUUCGGGUA